AUGACUGCCAAGACCGUCUUUGCCUACCGGGACGCCGGUGUGGAUAUCGACCGGGCCGAUGCCGCCAAGAAACGCAUCAAGGCGCUGGCCCGCCAGACCUUUACGCCUGAGGUGGUCAGCGAGAUCGGCGCCUUCGGCGGACUCUUCCGCCUGGAAAGAGGGCGUUCGACCCGGCCCAUCCUGGUGUCCAGUGUGGAUGGUGUCGGGACCAAGCUCAAGAUUGCCUUUGCCACCGGGAUCCAUCACACCGUGGGCAGGGAUCUGGUGGCUCACUGUGUCAACGACAUCCUGGUUCAGGGAGCCGCGCCCCUCUUCUUCAUGGACUACAUCGCAACCGAUCGGAUGGAACCGGAGAUCAUCGCCAAGGUGGUGGAGGGGAUAGCCGCCGGUUGCCGGGAGGCGGGAUGUGCCCUGCUGGGCGGGGAAACGGCCCAGAUGCCGGGGUUCUACUCCAGCGGGGAGUACGAUCUGGCCGGUUUCAUCGUGGGACUGGUCGAUCAGUCGCACCUGCUGGACGGACAACGCAUCCGGCCGGGAGAUGCCAUCCUGGGACUGGCAUCGACGGGGUUGCACACCAACGGUUACUCCCUGGCACGGAAGUUGUUGUUCGAGGUGGGCGGCUAUGAGGUGAGUACCCGGCUUUCCCCGUUGACGCUUCCCUUGGGAGAAGUACUGCUGCAGCCCCAUCGAAGCUAUCUGUCCCUGCUGAAACCGCUGCUGGAUCGGGGAUGUCUCAGCGGGCUGGCCCACAUCACCGGGGGGGGAUUGACUGACAAUCUCCCGCGCAUUCUCCCCGGCGGCUGCUCGGCUCACAUUCAACUGGAAUCCUGGCCCGAGCCACCCAUUUUCGGCGUGCUUCAGAAGCUGGGGCAGAUCGAUGAGGCCGAGAUGCUGCGUACCUUCAAUAUGGGUAUCGGCAUGGCGCUGAUCGUUCCGCCCGCGGAAGUGGCCAAGGUGGAAGAACAUCUUGCCCGGAGCCGGGAGCCGGUAUACCGGAUCGGUAACAUCCGUUCGGGGAAACGUCGGGUUUGCUACAGCCGGUAA